UGUUGAAUAUACCAUAAAUUGCUGUAAAAGCUAGCAAGAAGUACAGCCAGAAUACUUCUUGGAAGUGAAAAUGGUAAGACUUCAUCUCACGUACUAUGGACAUGUUAUCAGGAGGGACCAGUCCCUGGAGAAGGACAGGUAGUGGGUCAGCAAAAAAAAAAAAAGGAAGAUUCUCAAUGAGAUGGAUUAAUGCACUGACUGCAACAAUGAGCUCAAGGAUAGUAAUGAUUGUGAGGAUUGCUCAGGACUAGAGAGGUUUCAUUCUGUUGUACAUAGGGUGUCCAUGAAUGGGAACCAACAAGACAGCACCAAAAACUACAAUAAUGUUCCCUGGAAGAAUAUAUGCCUGUAUUUCAGAGACAUUCAGGGGAAACUUGAGGAAGUGGCUCUAUUCCCUGUUCCCCAACAGAAAUUUGCAGAGAAAAUUAGACACACUAUAAAUUAGAAUCCUAUCUCUCCAUAUUUUCUGUCUCAACAGAGAAAGUAGAGAUGAACAAAGACAAUCACUCCUUGACAAAAGAGUUUCUCCUCAUAGGAUUUAUGGAUCACCCAGAUCUGAAGACUCUCCUGUUUAUGGUGUUUUUUGCUAUCUAUCUGAUCACCAUGGUGGGGAAUCUUGGUUUGGUGGCAUUGAUUUACAUGGAGCGCCAUCUCCACACACCCAUGUACAUCUUUCUGGGCAACCUGGCUCUGAUGGAUUCCUGCUGUUCCUGUGCCAUUACCCCCAAGAUAUUAGAGAACUUCUUUUCUGAGGACAGAAUGAUUUCCCUCUAUGAAUGCAUGGCACAAUUUUAUUUUCUCUGCCUUGCUGAAACUGCAGACUGCUGUCUCCUGGCAGCAAUGGCCUAUGAUCGCUAUGUGGCAAUAUGUCGUCCACUGCAGUACCACACCAUGACGUCAAAGAAACUCUGCAUUCAGACGACCAUAGGGGCCUACAUAGCUGGGAAUCUGCAUUCCAUUAUUCAAGUAGUACUUCUAUUAAGGUUAACCUUUUGUGGAUCACAUCAAAUCAAUCACUUUUUUUGUGACGUUCUUCCAUUAUACAGACUCUCCUGUGUUGACCCUUAUAUCAAUGAACUGAUGCUACUUAUCUUUGCAGGGUCAGUUCAAAUCUUCAGUAUUGCCAUAGUCCUAAUCUCUUAUCUUUGCAUCCUUUUCACUAUUUUCAAAAUGAAGUCCAAAGAGGGAAGAGGCAAAGCUUUAUCUACUUGUGCAUCUCACUUUCUCUCUGUCUCAAUAUUCUAUGGUUCUCUUCUCUUCAUAUACAUUCGGCCAAGUUCCUUUAAAGAGGGGGAUAAAGAUAUACCAGUUGCCAUUUGUUAUACUCUAGUAAUUCCUUUAUUAAAUCCUUUUAUUUAUAAUCUAAGAAAUAAAGAAGUAAUAAAUGUCAUGAAAAUUAUGAAGUCUAGAAAAGCUCAUAAUAUUCUGAGACAAGUAUCAUCCUCUUGACAAAUUGAUUUUAAUUAGAUAAAAUUUCUUCAAAGUCAAGUAUACUAGGAAAUUGGAAAAUGGCCACUUUUUGUAUCAUAUAUUAAAUCACUAAAUCAUGACGAUUUUUAAGUCAAAUAAUAAAUGGUUAAAUAGGCUCAUGAAGGGGGAUUCUACUAAAAUG